AUGCAAGCAGGUUUUGUGCAGCUGUCGGGUGUCGGUGUUUCAGGUCCGGCGAGUCUUCCUGCAAGGUGCGGUUUGCUGUCAGGUUUGUCGUGGCGUGGCUUUUACCGCGUGCAGCGCUCGUGCGGUGCUCGCGGCUUACGCGGCCACUACACCGACAUACGUCAUAGAGGUACCAGCAAGCCCGAGUGGUUCGAUGUUCUCGACCAGACUGACUUGCAUACAAUUGUCGGGAAAAAGUUGCGGCACGAGGUUCAUCGGGACGGCGACUGGCAUCGCGCGGUGCACGUAUGGUUGUACGACCCCGCGUCUGAUGCAGUGCUCCUCCAGCUCCGAAGUGCGGCUAAGGAUACGCACCCGCUCUGUUGGGAUGUGUCUGCUGCUGGGCACUUGCAUAGUGGCGAACACGACCUCUCGACAGCUGCUAAGCGGGAACUCGAAGAAGAACUCGGUAUUGGGAGCGUCGAGCCGGAACUCUUGUUUACUGUACGGAGCGAGUACGUCGACGAUCACCUCCGGGACCGCGAGGUUCAGAGCGUUUACGUUGUGUGCAUCCCAGGGGCCGCUACCGCCACCGCCAACGCCGAUGAAGCCGAUGCGCUCGGCACGUCAGCGACGUCGCACACUUUUCUCCUUCAAAAAGAAGAGGUGGAGCAGGUUCGAUGGAUGCCUCUUUCUGAGUAUUUGGCAGCAGUAGAGCAGCACCGUGCAGGCUACGUUCCACGUCCACAGGCGUACAUCGAGAAGUUGCGUGCCUCGCUGCUCCCGCUGAACUAA